AAUGGGCGUUGUUUGUUCAGGGAAUAAGAGAAAUGAACAGUUAUUGUAAGUUUUAUAGAAAAGGUUAGAUUGCAUGUCGAUGUGUAUAUAUGGAAGGAGAAAGAAAAGAAAUAUCAUCUUUAUGACUACUCAAGCCAUGAGUCACAUUAUUAGUAAUUACAGCUGAUUCAAGACACAAAAUUAUGUAAAUAUGGAGAAAACAUUCUGGCUGUUUAGCCUAAUGUAUAUAAAAUUUAUUUAAUGAUAGUAAACAAUAGAAGGAGCCUAAGAGUUGUUCGUAAUAAAGGAAAAAGUUUUGAGACCUAUUACAGAAAUAUGGUCAAUAAUUAGGAAUGAUUAAGUAAAUGGAGUUCCAGUAACGAAUGUAUAUAUAUGUUUCUAUGGAAGAGAGUUUAACUAUUUCCUGGAUAAACCAUAAGACUAGGAAGAGUUAAAAUCAUAUUGUGGGAAGCUUGUUUUAAUCAAGCAAUGGCUACAGAAGAAAGUGAGAAAGAAAAAGAUGAAGAUGCCAACGGAUUAGAUGAUAGUGAAAACACCAAUGCCGAAAACUCUUGUCGAAUCUGUAUGAGUAAAUUAGGAACGAUCUAAAAUCCACUUAUCAAUCCUUGCCAAUGUAAAGACUAUCACCUAAACAUAUUGCAGGUUCUGGAUCUGUCAAAUACAUACACAUUAAAUGCCUUUAAUAGUGGAUACACAAUAAAUUUAAGAUUAGAGAACUCAAUAAUAUUGUCCUAUAUUUUUGGUCAAAUCUAACUUGUGAAAUUUGCAAAGAAUAAUAUAAAUGUAAAUUAUUUAUCAAUAUCAAAAUUAGUGGAAUACAAAUUUAAGAAUAGAAAAUAUCAUUUAAUAGAUAUUCCAAGACCGAAAGAGGCUUAUUUUAUAUUUUGGAUUAGCCAUAUUGAUAAAAAUAAAGAGAAAGGACUAUAUGUAAUUAACUUGAAUGGGAGAAGCAAUAUAAAGAUAGGAAGAGUUUAGGAGAAUGAUAUAAAGUUGCAAGAUAUCAGUGUAUCUAGAAAUCAUGCUGUAAUAACUUUUAAUAGAGAGGAUGAAUCAAUUUAUUUGGAAGAUUUAGGAAGUAAGUUUGGAACAUUAUUAUAAAUUGAUGAAUUAAGAUUAGACUGUAAAUCAAUAAUCCAAGUAGCGAAUUCAGUGUUUAUUUUUGAUUACUUAAAAAAGAAUCAGAAGCACUACGAAUUGCCAAGUUUUUACAAGGUAGUUGAAAAGGAGACAUAAUAGCAGGCAUAAGUAAGAAGAUAUAAAAAUAAUAAUAAUAAUAGGAUUUUGUGGAAGAUGACGUAUUGGUGAAUGUAGAUAACAAUAAGUAUUUGAGUGGAGAGAAUGAAGCCCUAUGAUAUUUUUACUGAAC